CAGCGUCUUCACUCGGUUAGGUCACUUCUCCAUUCAUAAAUCCAGAUUACCAUUACAAAUUCAAGAGAUCGGGAUAACACCAGGGGGAGUGGAAGAGGGUUCGUAUAUAAAUCCACAACGUCGGGAAAACCUGGGCCAAAUGAUAAAAAAAUUCACCCCGUUAAACUAGCUCAAUUUUGUAUUCAAAUAAUGCUGUUCCUGGCUUUUAUUCUGUUCCUCAUGGUCUGGAUCUUGUGCUCACACGAUUGCGUAAAACCGCGGAAAUUUCCACCAGGGCCCUCGUGGUAUCCCCUCAUCGGUGCGUUCCCGGCAUUUCACAGAUUAAAAGAAAAGUAUUACUACGUUCACACGGUGUUGGAGGAGUUAUCGCGACAGUAUGGACCAGUGGUGGGAAUUAAACUGGGAAGGCAGAAGUUUGUUGUUAUUUCCGGAAAUGAAUUAGUGAGGAAGGCAGCAGCGAGAGAUGAAUUCAACGGUCGACCGGACGGUUUCUUCUUCCGCGCGAGGGCCUUUGGGAAGCGCAAAGGAGUUUUGUUCAUCGACGGGCCCGUCUGGAUGCAAACAAGAAAGUCCACGAUGAAACAUCUCCGUUCGUUCGGCUUCGGGCAGAAGACAAUGGAGAAUUAUCUGAAGGUCGAGGCGGAGGCUCUCGUGACGCACAUCCAAAUAAAAGUGGAGAGCCUGCAGAACCCCCUCGCCCUCCAGGAGAUCUUCGACGUGACGGUCCUCAAUACUCUCUGGAUGAUGAUUGCGGGCUACAGAUUUCCCUACGACGACCCCAGACUCAAAUACAUAUUAUCGGUCGUGCACGAUGCCUUCAGGUCUACUGACACUCUAGGCGGUAUUCUGUCUCAUCUACCUUUUCUACGAUUUGUCAUUCCGAAUUCCUCGGGCUACAAUCAUUUAAUGGCGACACAUAAUAAAUUGUGGGGAUUCAUUCGCGACGAGAUUGAUGAGCAUCUGAAGACGAUGAGACGCGAUCGGCCGCCCAAAGACUUUAUCGAGGCGUUUUUACUGGAAUCUGGAAACUCUUACGAUCGGGAGGAAUUGGUUGUUCUCUGCUUGGAUUUAUUCAUGGCGGGAUCGAAGACGACGACGGAUUCGCUGACCGCAAUUUUCGCUCUUGCGCUUCAUCAUCCGGAGUGGGUGAAGGCGUUGCAGAAGGAUCUGCACGAUAUUGUGGGCCCUGAGGCGCAGCCGAGCUGCGAACACGCAGCACAAUUGCCAAGGAUCGAGGCAUUCUUAGCCGAGGCGCACAGAGUACUAGUUCUCACGCCACUCGGUGUACCCCACAAGACAAUGGAAAAGGUUUCACUCGAGGGUUAUCACAUUCCAAAGGAUACUGUGGUUUUAUUCAAUUAUCACAGCACUAAUGUCGAUGAGACGUGCUGGGAAGAGCCAUAUGAGUUCAAGCCGGAUAGAUUUUUGGAUGAGAAAGGACAGUUCAAGAGGAGAAGUGAAUUUUCACCAUUUGGUUUGGGAAAACGACGAUGUUUGGGAGAAAUAUUGGCAAGAGCGUCGCUGUUCCUCUUCUUUUCCUCCAUAAUCCACAAUUUCGAUAUAGAAGCACCAGAGGAUCAAGGACUCCCCAGACUAGACGGAAUAGAUGGAUUCACAGUGUCACCACGGCCAUAUCUCAUUAAAUUAAUUCCACGAAAAAACUGAAAAUGCAGAUUGAGAAGGAAACUGAAUGUAGAAUUAAUUAUUUCGCAGAUUAAUAAAUAAGAAAAUUUUUGAGUAAA